UCCUGCACAUGUGAUUGUCUGCUCAGCUCUGAUGUGUCUCACUUCUUUUCCAUGCUCCCCUUGUUUAUUCUGCCUCAUGGUCGUGAGUUCUUUGUCAGUUCAUCUGUUCACCUCCUCAUUUGGAUUCUGAGUUUACCUGCCUACCUGUCAAAUGGAGCAUCUUCCGAGUUGUGUCUUCUGAAGACCCGCACCAAGGCCGAGAUGAGCAAAAGAACUGAAUGAUUUUGGCUCUGCAGGCCCUGAGAUCACUUCCCUACAGCAGCAAGUUCUCUUACAGCAAAGGAUACGUGGCAUUUUUUGUCUUAAUAAAGACACUCGAGGAAAGAGAGGAAGCACAUAAAGAGGAAACAGAAUGUUUGGAUGACUGAAAACACCACAGCACAGUUUACAUUGGGCUGCACUUGGCGACCAGCCUCUGCCAUUAUAAGACUCACCAUCAUUCCAAGAGACCAUCCGUUUGAAGCACUCACAGCUGAAGCCUACACACAGAGUAUGAGGACAAGUUGUGUCACCCCACAUCGCAGCCCAACAAGAUAUGACUUCACAUGGGUCCCGUGCUAAUCACCAUGACGACCAUAAAGCUGUGACUGUUACUGUGAAGCCGUCGCCCCUUUUAAACACUGACCCCAGACCUUCCUCCUAUUUGGAAACCCUUGUCGCUUUCCUUUCUCCUGCAAACGUAAUCUUUUCCUUAACCUGCCCGCCCUCACUUUUCUCCCCUUAGUAAUUACAGAUUCCUGGUCUUUCUUCUACUUUUCUUCGGCAUCAUGCAAGGUGCUUCUACCACCUCCAUUCUGCUUAUUCUUCCCUACCUCCUAUUCUUCUCCUACUUGCCCAACAUGGCUAGCGGAGACUGCUGGCUCAUUGAGGGGGACAAAGGCUAUGUGUGGCUGGCUAUCUGCAGUCAGAAUCAGCCGCCUUACGAGACAAUCCCGCAGCACAUCAACAACACGGUCCAUGACUUGAGAUUGAACGAGAACAAGCUGAAAGCUGUGCUCUUUAGCUCCAUGUACCGCUUCACCAAUCUGACUGACCUUAACCUCACCAAAAAUGAAAUCAGCUACAUUGAGGACGGAGCCUUCGCAGGACAAGCCAACCUACAGGUUUUACAGUUGGGCUACAACAAGUUGACAAACUUAACUGAGGGUAUGAUGAGAGGGCUGGGCCGCAUGCAAUGUCUUUUCCUCCAGCACAACCUCAUUGAGGUAAUUGCCAGCAAUGCAUUCUGGGAGUGCCCUAGCCUCAGCAGCAUUGACCUGUCAUCCAACAAACUUGCCCGCAUUGAUCCAUCCACUUUCACUGUUCUAAUGCGGCUAAUGGUUUGUGAGCUGGCAGCAAAUCCAUUCCAUUGUGGAUGCGAUCUUUACAGUUUCCUAACCUGGUUGGAAUCCUUUAACAACGUCACACACACCUAUGACCGUCUCCAGUGUGAGACACCGAGAGAGAUGUUUGGCUACCCCUUACUAAGUCCUAUAGCUGCCGGCCAUGCUGGUCGAAAUGCCAAAAACAUAUUGUACCAUCACUGCCGGGAUGGAGUUAUGAUUCCAGGGAUGACCUCUCUCCCACCAGAUCUGGAUGGUUCUUCCGGGAUCGGCCCAGAGAUGUUUGGCGGUGCUGGGCCGUACCACCAUUCCACCACCUCUUCAUCAUCUACUGAACUUGUUGUUCCAAGCAUCAAGCUCCAUCAUGUCUCUUUAUCAUCAGCCUCUCUCCUUGUGCAGAUUCCAAGGCCCUACAGCAAGAUGUAUAUUCUAACACAAUACAACCAAACAUUUGUUUCUGAUGUCAUGAAUUUGAAGAACAAGAAGGAGAUGAUUACCCUCAACAAGCUCAAGCCACACAACAAUUACACAUUUUGUGUAGGAUCCAUUCGCAACUCUCAACGUUAUAACCACACCUGCCUCCAGUUUUCCACUCGGGCUCAAAAUCAAGAUGACAUGCUCCCCACACCUUCCACCACUACCCACUACAUAAUGACUAUUGUGGGCUGCCUUUUCGGCAUGCUCAUUGUUUUAGGCUUUGUCUACUAUUGUCUGCGUAAGAAGCGAAUGCAUGAUGAGAAGAAGAAGUCCAUCUGUGUCAAGAAAACAAUACUGGAAAUGCGCUAUGGACCAGAAGUGGCAGCUGCAGUGGCAAAUGAUCCAUCGGCGGUCCAUAAGCUUCAGGAGCAGUCGAGAGAACAUCACCAGUAUCAGCAUCACCAUGGUGGCAAACUUCCCAUGUCCACAUCCUCUAGCUCAGGAAUGCUCCACUCAGCCAACACCAGUUCCUCCAGACUUUCCUGUAUCCCACAAGUAGAAAAGAUGGCCACUGCCUUUUCAGAGGCCAUGGCUACAAGUAAAGGAAAUUAUAUGGAUGUCAGAACUGGAGGGGUAGGAGAUGGUGGGCAUGGAGGGAUGAGGGGGGAAGACUUGAGGGAUGAUGAUGGAACUGAUGUUGGGGAUGACUCCGAUGAUGAUGGCCAUGGCUCUGCAUCAGAGAUAUCCACCAUUGCGAUGGAGGUGGACAAGGUUAACCAGAUUAUCAACAACUGCAUUGAUGCGCUGAAAUUAGAUGCAGCAGCAGUUGCUGCUUCUGGGGCCUCUACUAACCCUACAGCCUCCUCCAAUCCCACCUCCCCCCCGCCCACCAGUGCAUCCUCCCUUACUCGUGGCUUAAUUCCACUCUCCCAAGGGGUGACAGAGACUUGCCAAGUCAUAGCUCCUAACAAAAUACCCCCACCACCUCCACUACCUGCCUUGAAUGCCCCUCUCUCUGAGCGCCCAGGGAUCAGUGGUGGUGGCUUUGUCAUCAGUCCCCCCUACAGGCCCCCUCCUCCAGCCACUGCUGUACGUCCAAUUCAGCGACAAAUGAGUGCAGAUGCAGCUGUGGUUAUUGUAAAUUCUGUCAAGAAACAGUGCAGCACCAACUCUUGUGGUUCCAUGGGUCGGGACAGGGAACGUGGAGGAGCGAGGGUGUAUAGCCUGGAUGUUCCUGAACCUAGGAGUCCAGAUGCAUGUAAUCAACAACAGCAGCAGUACCCAGACAGGGCCAGUCCCUUGGGAUGUGGGGAGCCCCUAGAGAGGCUGCCUUUAGUGGGGAGUGGGAGCUGUGGUGGAGGGGGUGGUGGUGGUUGCGACAGUGGUGGUGUUGGUGCCCAACAUCAGGACAGUCAAAAGCCGCACCAUUACCAUCAACAGCAGCAAAUGCAGCAGCAGCAGCAGCAGCAGCUGGAGGUGCAGCAGGACUACCACUGCUCGGAGCACCGCCACUCUGUCCCAGCUCUCUACUAUGAAGGCUCCCACCAGGGCUCCCCAGCUCAGAGGGUUUCUUUCCUAAAGCCUCUGACACGUUCAAGGAGGGAUGCAGCAUCUUACUCCCAGCUUUCGCCUGCCCGCAACCAUUCCAGUUACUCUGGCUAUUCCUCCAGCCCAGAGUACACCUCAGAGAGCUCACUGCGGAUCUGGGAGCGCUUUCGUCCCUACCGUAAAGGCCAGCGUGAUGAGGCCUGUUAUGUGACAGCCGGAAAUGCCCUUCGAAAAAAGGUGCAGUUCGCCAAAGGCGAGGACCUGCAUGACAUCCUUGAUUAUUGGAAAGGUGUGUCAGCACAGCAGAAGCUGUGAUGGUGGGACCAAAGUUAAGUAUUGUGGAAAAAAGAGUUUGAAUACUUCUUUUCCUGAUAGGCCAGUGGGCUAGAGAAACCAUUUGAAGUUCACGGGGAGAUAAAUGUACAACAAAAUUUUGCCUUUGGGUUAUUUUGGCAUGCUCGAUGUAUAGAAUAUUGUGCUAAAGCAAGGACUGUGAAACUGUGCCUGGGAUACGAGAGUAAUUAUGGUGUUUUAUUUUACACUUCACUGUAGCCCCAUUUCUGAAUAAUGUUCAUGUAGUUUUUGUGGGUUUUAUUUACAGCACAGGAAGCAAAUGCCAGCUGUGGGAUUCAUACUGUGUGAGUGAUCUUAUAUUGUGACCUAUGAACCGUCUUUAUCAGUGCCAUGUUUUCAUCUGUGGGUAAUCACUGACGGUAAAUGUUGAUACCCUUCACCUCAAGGAUGUGGGAUCCAAGAGGUUUUUUUCAUAUGAUCUGCAGUGUGUGUACUUGGGUGUGUUAGGACUUCUUCGUGGAGGUAGAUUAUAAUGGGGUGGAAAUCCUGCUCUGUUAUAAAUGACAAAAUGCUGAUCUGUCAACAGAUUUGUCCAAUGCAAGCCCUGUGUCUCUUCCAGGAGAUCUGUCCUGCAGCUGAGAUAUUUGCAUUUCAAUAGCAUUUGUCACAUAGAGAGAAAGGAGAAAUUAGAAAGAAAUAAAGAAAUAAACCAUGAACAGAGAGUCAGGUGGGCUCACAAUUCCUGCAGCAUAAGGAAAUCAUUAAGAGAGAUUACAGUAGAGCCUUCACCUAAAAUAGUGCUGUGAUUGCACCCUGAGGUGUUGAGCACAUCUUUCCAAUUUACAAUCUUGCAUAGUUCAUUGAGCGAUGUAAAGAAUGUUGUUCCACAGAUUUCCAAAACUGCCCAAAACAGACUUUGCCUAAAUAAUUAUUUUAAUAUGACAGAAUACUGAUGGCCAAAUAAUGUUCCCUUUAUGAAGGUAAUUAUGUGCUACCAACCUGUGUAUAAUAGGAAGGGAGAGAAAUUGAAAGUGAGAGGGUGUAUAAAAGCGAUGGAAUAAAUUAUUUCCUGCAGCCACUGUGAAUGUAAGUAGAUUACAAGCAGGUUACGGGGAAAUCUCUUUUGCACCACAUUGCAUUCCAAAUCAUAUCAACGUUAAACGUGAAUGCGGCGCAGAGGGAAAGGACAUGUCUAUUUACUGCCAACAUGUCUGUUCUGGGAAUAUUCUUGUUGUCUAUUGAUAACUUAAUUAGCCAACUAGUGACAGGCAUGUUUGUUUGCACUUUAUGCCUCAUGAUUGUGUGUGGAUGGUGGUGCACAGUGGUCAGUAUAAGUGGGUGUUGGCAUGCCUUGUCAGAUUAUAUUGUAUAUGCCCUGAAUUGAUUUAAAUUGAUAGUUGUCAAUAUCUUGCCCAGUGGCUGGUUGUUUAAACAAUACUAGAUUAUAAAUGGCAUGGACAAAUGUACAAAUAUCAACAGUGUUAAAUGUAUUUUCCCACGUGUGCAUCACACAACGCUCAGAUAUUCGUAGCAUAGUGCCUCUUGCCAACAUGGCCAUGAUCUAAUCUCCAUUAUCCAUCAUCGACCUGGCCUUUUCUAUUCAAAUCAUCUAUUUGUGAUUUUGCAAAAAUUAUAGUGUCAUUGCCAGGCAUUCUGACAAAAAAGCAUCCUGCUCACCCAAAGCGCUGUGUAACCGUUAAAAAAAAUCAUGCAUCGUCAGCCAACAUACACAAUCUGAGACAUCCUACCCUAAAAAUGUGAAAACUGAAUCCUCACACUCUUUUUCAUUUAAGAGAAGCAACGUUAUAGUAAAAAGUUUCAUUUCAGGAUUGUUUUCAUCUCUUUUUCCUGCUUUGCUUAUUGUGACAGUGAUCAUUUGGCCCAUCUAACCUGUAUGUACAGGAUUGGGAUGAGCAGGAUACCUAACACAACCUGCUCUGUUUAACUAAAUGAUACAUGUUAGAGAUUGCCUUUCUUAUAGGCAGAAUUCGGGUCUGUGCGACAUUUUACAUUUCUCAUUUCUUCUUUUACAUCUUCUCGAUAAAUGCGGGUUGAACAAGGAUAAGUAUACAAAUGUUAAAGGGAGCUGUGUACUGAUAUCUUCAUAUUGAUCUCUGUAUUGUGUCCUGUUUGUUUACAUUUAUCGCUCUCUUUUCCCCCCUGUUUUAUUAAGAUGUGUGCAUACAGUCUGGGUCAGGAGGUCAUAUCCCUUGGAGUCAGUAUUGUGCUGUGAGUGAGCAACACAUAACAUCAAGGGCCUCGCUGUCAUCUUUUAGUCAUAACGUGUCUGGGAUGCACCUCCUCAUCCACUGUGUUUAAAUGAUUCGAUGAACAUACAUGAUGAUGUUCUGUUAUCUGAGAUUACAACCUUUUCUAAAGGAAUUUAUCACUGUUGAACUCCCCAGAGUCUCAACUGCAACAAGUUUACAGACAUGGACACUAAGGAUAAGAGCAACAACAAAUUCAGAAAUGUAUAGUUUGUUUCAUCUACAGGACAAAAUAAAAUGUUUUCAAUACAUUUUACAUAA